AUGGCCCAAGAUGAACAUUUUGUGAGCAGUAGCAAUAGUGGCGGUAGUGGCGGCGGUGGAGGAGCUGCCGGCGCCGGCGCAGGCAACAACAGAUCAAAAACCCCGAAGCCGAAAAAGGCCCCACAGAGAGGAUUAGGGGUUGCCCAGCUCGAAAAGCUUAGGAUAGAGGAACAAAGAAAAAAGGAAGCUUUGCUGGCUGCAAAUGUUCUGGCUAAUAACGCGAUCGGGCCAGGGAACGAGUCCCUUGCGGGCCGGAACAUUGGCGGUGGACCAAUUCCUAAGUCCCUCAGCCCGGUGGGCCCGGCCCAUAUGACGAAUCAAUCAAGUGAUGGUGGUGGUGAGGAUACUUUGUGGAGUGGAGAGUGUAAUAGCAGCUGUCUUGAAGGAGGAGGAAUGGAGAAACAAAAGGUUUUUGUUGAUAAUGCUGGAUUUUUGUUUGGUGGUCCCCAAGUUAAUGUCAAUUUGCGAUUCGAGCCGGGAGUCCCGGUUCUGCCUCAGAGGCCGUAUCAAUUUCAAAGGCCUCCUUCUCAAAUGGUGAAUGUGUCUUCACCUAUAUCAAGUUCUCGAAUAGAGCCCCCUUCAAUUCAAAAUGUUCGUGGUAAUAACUAUACACCAUCGUGGCCUGAGGAUGAUAAGAUUGUUGGCAUCAAGAGGUUGUACCCUUUCUCUCUGGAAGGCCCACAAACCCCUUCUUUCCUAGGCGGCAAUGUGCAAACUACAUACGGUGAAUUAGCUUCGUGUAGCAAUGAACCAAGAAACAAAUACACAAGAGAUAGUGCUUCGAACUCAACCCUGUCCGUGCAGAACCCAAGUGAAGAUGAGAGGCUAAUUGGAGGUUUUCUAAGUUUGGCACCGCCUUCGAACACAAAGAACAAGCAUCAGCCGUUGGAUUUCUUGGGCCAUGAUCAAGGGCCGGAUUUAUCAGAUCACAAAAGCUUAUCUACUCAGGAAAACAUCAAAAGCAGACAAAGUCACCAGCUUGGAUCAAGCUCGUCAAACGAACGGGCUUUCACCUUCUUCCCAAUUAAGUCGCAAACAGAGAAUUCGAGAAAUGGCAAUGGGGACAAGGGAGAAAAACUUGAUCUCAAUCUGAAGCUAUAG